AUGGAGAUGGUGGGGGUGGCCAACGCCGAGCUCGUGCACGGGCAGGCGGCCCCCGACCUCGAGGUCUACUAUGACGACGAGGCGAGCGUGGACAUGAAUGGGUUCUGGCUCGACGGGCCCAUGGACUCCUCCGCGCAAGUGGACGCGCUGCCGGCGCCCACCAGCCCAGGCGACCCCGUCCCUGCGCCGGCUGGGCCACCGAGCGUGCGCUUCGAGGCGCCGCCGGUUCCAGUGUUCCCCAAGCCGCCCACGCCGCCGCCCAUGCCCCUCGGGCGAUACUUCAUCGUUCGGGCGAGGGUACAGUGGCCAGAAGGAGCGCAGUGGAUGAUUUUCAGAGGGAGGGCGGCCGACGCCGCCGCAGUCAGCGCCGUGGCUGACUACCUCGACGGCGCGAUGGCUCUCGAGGUGGAGGACCCGACUGGCGCAACCAUCCGCUUUCUCGUGAAGCCUGACGGCGCCAUCCGUGCGCCUGCACCAGGACCCUCAGGGCGUCUGCCAGCGGGGUUCAUCGAGGAGAUGCUCCACCACGCGCCCCUGGGCUGUGAGGAGCUCGGCAUCAGCGUCUCGGCGACCAACGUACCCGAGAAAGUCUGGCAUAAACUGGCGGCGUGGCACGGGCUCCCCGUGGGCGGGCGAGCCGGGCCGCUCAGCGAGUUAGAAUGA